UCUCGUAAGAAAAAUGCUUAUAUCAGCAAGGCUUUGCGCUGGUCAAUUGGUCAAGGCGCCUUAUCAGGAAGUUAUUACGGUGAGAAUAAAUUCUAGUGAUAUUCAACACGACGGCGGUCAACAGGUUUAAUCUGCAUUGUAUGCUUGCAUUGUACCAUAUAGAAGUCAUAUCUGCAGAGCAUUCCGAACCUCUCAGCAAUGGCGGAGCAAAUUCUAGGCCCAGGUAGGCCACGCCCUACAGUAUGGUCCAAUGUGGUUGGAACCAUGACAUGGCAACGAAACCGUCUCGGACGAAAGCAAUCAAAACGCUCCAGCUCCAGCGGGAGUAUCAACAUGCUGACGUGACGAUCAGCUGUUGAUGAAAACAAGCAGAACGAAAUGACCAACAGACUAAUCGUUCACCACAAUCAGAGUGCAAGAUCUCAAUAACAUGCAGCGAAAACCCUGCGAAAAAGGCCAUGGUACACACGAACCGGAAGAUAAUACCAUUGCAGCUUUUCAAAGACGGUGAGCAGGUAUCCAAGGCGGAGUAAAGCAAGGCAAAAGCGAACCGCAUAACGCAAGACCCUAACAAGUUAGCGAACCGAAAACCGUCUCGUUUGCAACGCAACCUCAGUACGCGUUCACAAGAUUGAGUAUUGCGCUCAACGCUUUGUAUUCACUUUCGAGGCCUUGGUCAGACUCUCGCGCACCUUCUUCUGUUGCUCCUCCUUCUGUGCUUGGAACUGCUUUUGGCCCCGUUCCAGCCGCUCUCUUGCUUGGGCCUCUCUCUGAGGAUCGCGGCCAGCAGGGAUGGUGCAAUAUGGAUAGGCUUGACCGAUGGUGGGAUUGGGCUCAACUCCAGUACGGAGAAUUGCGUCCCAAUCUCCCCCACCGCCAUAGCCUGCCUCCAGUUCUGCCGCUCCAGCCCUGGCCUCGACCGAAGCGGCAGCCCGAGGUAACUUGUCAACGAUAUAAAACGUCUCUCGAAACGUCUUGAGCCCGUCAUCGUAAUACCACCGCAGGGAGAUCGUCGAGGCGGAAGUAUAUGUUGUGCCGAUACGGUCGGUAAAGGUGCUGGGUGGGUUCAAAGGACGGAUCAGCCCUCGGGUAGCCAGGGCUUUUGCUUUCGAUAUCAUGCUUUUCGGCAGGCCAGUGUCCGACAGGGUGUUGGCUAGUCGGACGGGGUGUUCUUGAUCGUCAGCGAUGACGAAGACGCAGACUUUAGUGUUGGUGGCCUGCAUGAUGCCGGGUCAUGGUCAGCAGCAAACCAGAAAUCAACAAGUCAUCCUAGCUAAAUAGCCAUAACCAGUAGGGAGAAUACAGGGAAUCAUAUGUCCAGACGGCAGAGAUGCAAAAGAAGAAGGAACAGCAAGCGCCCUGCGUACCAUUGGAGGAGGAGACUCAGGAGAGUGUGAUUGACGGAACAGCUGUGGACGGCGGCUUUGCCAUGAAAGAUAUGAAGACUCCAGCUUCUGACCCGAGUCUGGCACAUGAGCAUUCAUAGGUGGGUGCUUGCGCCCCGUUGCCAUACUGGUUUAGCCGCAGUGAACCACAAGGCAGACGCGAGCUUGGGCGUAAGCCUGCCUGACAAUGAGACCGUGUUCCGAAGGCAAACUUGUGCCCAAGCCCAGAUUGAAAUCUGCAAAUGCGUUGGCAAGAAGGUAUUGGAGAAGUGUCGCCAUUAUUAUAUCCUGAAAAUAUCAGCGCGGUUGGAUCACUGUGAUGGAAACUUCGACAGUACAUCCUUGUCGAGAGAUGGCCUUAAUCCAUCCUGCCUGCUGCUUUCCGGCCAAGAUCAUUAAGAGUAACCACUUCACGAUCGAUUUGUCACUAUCGGGUCCUCGAGAUCGAGAGAGGAAGCCAUGAAUGGACAUUGACAGGUUGAACAAGAACUUUUCUUCGCGGUACAAACAGCGAACAGUCUAUCCUCGCCAACGACAGCUUGAGGCUCAAUCGGCCAGCUGAUACCAGGUUUUCCAUCUGAACGGAGCCGUGACAGCAACGCAUGCUUUUAGUUGCUCAGAAAGUCUAUCCCAACCCGUGGUGUA